AUGUGGUCUUGGUUUGGCGGGGCCGCCGCUCAGAAGCGGAAGGAUGCGCCCAAGAACGCUAUCCUACAGCUGCGCGAGCAGCUAGAUAUGUUGCAGAAGCGCGAGAGGCAUCUCGAGACCCAGAUCUCAGAACAGGAGGCUAUGGCACGGAAGAACGUUAACACAGAUAAGAAUGCCGCCAAGAACGCCCUUCGACGGAAAAAGGUCCACGAGAAGAAUCUCGAGCAGACAACAGCCCAGAUUAUGCAACUUGAGCAGCAGAUAUACUCCAUCGAAGCCGCGAACAUCAACCACGAGACCUUGGCUGCCAUGAAGCAGGCCGGCGCUGCCAUGAAGCAGAUUCAUGGUGGAAUGAAGCUCGAGGAUGUCGACAAGACGAUGGAGGAACUCCAAGACCAGCAUGCGCUCAGCGCCGAGAUCGGAAGCGUCAUUACCAGUUUCCCUAUCGGCGAACAGCCGGACGAGGAAGAGCUCGAUGCCGAAUUGGAGGGUCUGGAGCAGGAAGCUAUGGACGCGAAGAUGCUCCACACCGGGACCGUACCGGUUGGCAGUCAACUGGACCGGUUACCAGCUGCGGGAAAUACAGAUCUCAAACACCCCGCCAAGGCACAAGAAGAAGACGACGAGGAAGCCGAGCUGGCAAAGUUGCGUGCGGAAAUGGCCAUGUGA